CGAUUUGUUGCAACCGUUAGUCGGCAACCGCUUGCCAAGCUAAACAGACGUGCAGACGGGUCGAGAGAUUGUGUCGCUGAUUGGAAACGGGGUUUCAUACGAUUUAUGAAUGAGCGUCGCGCAGCGUGAGACAGACAUUCAAUUCCCAUACAAAAACAAAAACAAAAAACGAGAACGUGAACGUGAACGAAAUUUCAAAACAAAAUCGAGGAAAAUACUUCUUACAUACGAUAAACAACAAGACUCACACACAAACACAUACUCACACACAACAUACGAAACGAUAGCAGAGCGUAAAAGUUUAUUAAGAAAGAAAACGUUUGUUUUGCCUCAGCAAUAACAGCAACAACAACAGCAACAACAACAAGAUAAAGAUACGAGCGCGGAAAUUGCAAUUGCAAACAAAACAAACGCUUCGAUUGUCAAAGACGCGGCAAAUUCGCGAGUUUAUUUUUUUCGGCUUGCACUUCGCACACUCUCCGCCUCAGCCCACCCGACACCACCCCACGCUGUCCAUUACUCACACCCUUUAUGCACACACAUGCAUCUGUAUUAGUGUGCAUAUAAAAAAACCAGGAAAAAAUUACAGCACAAAUAUAAAGCUAAAUAGUGCGUAAAAAUCGGUUUUUUGUGCGAUUCGGUUCGUUUCGGUUCCGUUGUGGGAGUGUAAGUGUGAGUGUAUAUACAUACAUAUGUAUGAGUGUGUGUGUGUGUGUGCGCAAUAGAAUGAGAAGCGCGGAGAGCGCGUCGCUUGUGUUUUUGUUGUUUUAGAUUACCAAAUUCUCGCACGAAAAAACAUGUCGAAAUUGAAAUUGAAAUUAAAAUUUUGAAAACGAGCGCAAAACAACAACAACAACAACAACAACAACAACAAAUUGUAAGUGCGGUGAAAAGUGUUAUAAUAAAAACGCAUUUUGGCAAAUAAAUCUUGAAUCAAAAUUGAAGAAAUAUUAAAUAAAAAGUGAUUGAAAAUUAUUAUUAUUGUUUUAUUUGUGCAACGAAACUAAGUUUCUUAUUGAGAUAGAGGCAGCUCUCUCACUUCUCAGCUUUAUAUCUUUCGCGCUCUCGCUGGUCUUAAAGAUUCGAGACGAUUUUCCGUGGAUUAAUUUAACAGACGGUCAAUUUCAAUAUUUCUUCCGCUUUGCGUCGCAUGUCAAUCAUACGCAACGUUGAACAAAGCAAGAAACACAUUUGAAGUAUAAGCUGGCAGUUGGGAGUAAAAUUUGCAUGAAAAUUGCAACCAAAAAAGAAUCACACUCCAUGGCUAUACAACAAUGUCCAAUGCUCGCGAGUUGGCAUUGAUACAGAAAUGGGCUGACAUUGCAACGCCGCCGACGCCGACGCUGCCAACGUUAUCGCCAACAUCGCCGCGCACCAUCAUCAAGUUCUGCUGUUGUCCACAGCGCAGGCGCUACAAUCUAAAGCAGCCCAAGUGCAACACGCUGCAUGCUAGAAAUAUAUUCGUUGAUAGCGAUUUUACAUAUAUUGAUGAUGUGCCACGCGCCAACAGCAGCAACAACAGCAACAGCAGCAAGAAGCGACGCCAAGAUUGCGACAGUGAUUACGAUUGCAAUGAUUAUGAUGACGAUGAUGAUGAUGAGGCAAAUGAUAUCGCUGAGAUCUCUGGCGGCCACGACGGAAAUGUAGCGUUGAUAUUAAUGAAUCAACGAAAUGUGCCUGAACAAUGGCGGCAGGACAACAAAGGCAACAGCAACAGCAGCAGCAACAGCAACAACAAGCGUAACACCAGCGUACUAGCAACAGCAACAGCAGCAACAGUUGCAGCAACGACUCAAAGUAAAACUUGCGCUGUCACAAGCAACCAGCAAAGUGGCAAUGAGCAGCAGCAACAACAACAAAAACAACAGCAACAAACAAUCCAAAGACUUAGCAAUAGCUUGCAACAGCAACAGCAACAGCAACAGCAACAACUGCAACUGCAACAUAGCAAUAAGGAAAAUACACUAAGCAACAAAAACAACAGUAACUACAAUAAGCCGCGCUGUAAUUAUUGUAAAUUACUCGACGACGACGACGCCGAGCCCCAAACGAACAACAACAACACCAGCACAAAUAUAUAUACAAAUACAAACUCGAAAAUUGAUUCACCGAAGUCGUCGCAGAAUAAAAUGACAAUUACGACAGCAGCAACAACAACGAACAUUGCCGCAACGGCCACGGCCAGCGAGUGUGGGUUGACAACGACAACGACAGCAACAACGGCAACAGCAACAGCGGCAACAACAACAAAAACAACGGGAGAAGAGUUUGUGGGUGCUGCCACAGAAGUGCUGUGCAGCGAUAAACCAACAUUGACAGCAACAGCAACAGCAUCGACGUUGUUGACGCCGACGCCGCCGCCAACACCAGCAACAGCAACAACAACAACACCUAAGCCCAGCAUAGCAGCACGUCCGACCACGCCCAGCCGCCUUAAGACUGUGAUCAAAACGACAAUGGUUAAGCGUAGUCCUAGCCAUGACUCAACGCAGGCAACUGCGAUGCAUAUGCUGCAACCGAACAGCUGCAACACCAGCAACAACAACGACGAGCCCAGACGUUCGGUUAGGGAGCGCAUCGCCGCCUUUGCGGCAGGAAAUGAUCAACAACAGAGUGGAGGCAACACUGCGCGGCAACAUGACAGCGUCAAGAAAUUUUCUAAAAUUCAGUGCAAUACAAAUCAAAACAACAUGACAAGCGAUGUGAAAAGUGCAAUUAGCUGUGGCAGCAACACCAGCAACCAGCAGCAGCAGCAGCAACAUCAAACGCUUAUCAACGGCAACGCAACGCCGCCGGCAACAACAGCAACUCCAGCCACAACAACAACAGCAACUGUGGCAGGCAACACGUCAGUCUCAAGUGCUACUAUCGCCACUGACACGACGCGCUACAAAUCGGGAUUAAGUGAUGUUGUGGCGGCCGAGGACGUUGAUGAUACAGCCGCAUCCACAAAUGUAGCAGCAACAUCUACGGCAAUGGCAACGGCAACGGCAACAGCAACUUCAUCUGCUGCCACUCCUGUGGCAGCUGCAAGCGUUUUUAGCACCGGUUGUGCAACUAUGCCGCGAACUCGCCAAUACGGAAGCAAUGCUGCAGGAGCAACAGCAGCCAACGCCAUGACAGCUGAUAAGAAAUUCUUAAGCCGUGCACCCGCUGCCAACACUUCAGCUGCACACCAGCAACAGCAGCAGCAUCAGCAACAACAUGUGCAUCAUAAGCUGCAAUUAGUCGAUAAGCCCGAAUCAAAAUUGGCUGCACUCAAUAAUCUGGACUUGGCGCACAGACUCGACCUGAUAGAUGAUGAUGGCGAUGAUCCUUACGGUGCACUUCAGGAGUAUUUGGAGCGUGUCAAGCUGGAAAUCAACGAGGUCUUCGAGCUGCGCAAGGCGCAACGUCUGCAACAGCAGCUGCAGGAUCAACUUGAUGCGGUGCGGCAAGCGGCAGCAGCGGCUGUGGCAGCCAAGCAGCUUGAUGAAUUGUCGCGUUCUACGGAAUCAGAUAGUGGCUUUGACAGCAGCAGCACAACGGCGACAACAACAACAACAACAGCAACAGCAACAAGUUGCAACAACAGCAAACCAGUGACAACUAAACUAAGAGCCUUGCCGCCGCCUCCUUUGAGCCCAGGAUCAGCUUCAAGUCGACGGCCUUCACUGACAACAACAACAACAUUGCCGCCUGAUGAUGUCAACAUUUGGGCAAACAAAUUUCUACGUGAUUUGGACAAUCUAAUGGGUGGCGAUCACUUGGCACCACAUCUAGCAGCAUUUGCUGACAACGAUUCCUCGAGCACUUCGCCCACAUCCAGGACAGCUCCCAUGUUGCUCUCUGCGGCAGCCAAUGCAGCUCUACAGAGUCGUCUUGGCAAGAGCACAGCCAGCCAAGUUAACAACGAACAGCAUAAUGGACUCGUCUUGAAACCGGAGAAGCAUGCAACCAUUCCUUUGCAAUCGUUUAACCUUGAUUGCGGACGCACUGAGGCGGCUGCCAGGCCAAGCGUUGUCUACAUGCGAACGCUGUCGGCGCCGGGCGGCCACGUUGCACCACCGAAACUGGUGGCAGGGGGCAACCAGAGUCAGCGCAAGAGUCUCGCCUUGUCCGCAUUUAAUGGGCAUGCAGAGACAGCGUCGGCAGCAGCAAUGUCAGCAACUCAUAAGCUGACAAAUUUCCAAAGUGCAUUGAAAAUCGAAGAGCUCACGGCGGCAACAACAACGGCAACAACAGCAACAGGUGAUGCUGCAACUGCAACUGCAACUGCGACCACCAUGGAUGAUUUGAAAUCUAGACGACAGCGUCAAUUCAGCAGCGAGUUGGAAACGCCGUCCAUGCCGAUUUUGAUGCCAAAACGGGUGGGCAUUAAUCUUGCAACAGUCGCGACGUCGCCAACAUUGACGAGCAGAAAUGUUAUAACUCCGCCGCCAGCAAAGACAGCAACAGGUGGAGCACAGCUGAGCGCGGGCAAAGGCGCCGCCACGCCUGGUUAUCUGGUGGAUGUGACCAAAAAAGGAUCCACCUCAACGAUAUGGACCUCGGAGGAGUCCAUUCUCCGCAGCGUUGGCGCCGUCGAUGAAGACAACAACUCCACUUCGUCGUCUUCGGCCUGUGAGGAGGCCACAGGUGUGCUGAGUUCCGGCAAAUCCGGCAUAUCGCUCGACUCCUCGGGACUGGACAACGACAACAACGAGAGUGGCAUAGGCACGGCGACGCCGCCUAAGGACAUGUCCUACUGGAAGAGCCACCAUCUGCAGCAUCAUCAACUUCAUCAUCACCACCACCAUCAUCAUCAUCAUCAUCAUCGGACAGGCGGCAAUGCUAAUGACAAUGAAUCCGUGAGCAGCCUGGAAGCGUUGCGUAAAAUGAAAUUCCAGAAGAGCGGCUCAGUGGCCUCCUCCGAUGAUCCCGAUCUGCUGGAGGUGCUCAGCCUGUGCGGCAGUGGCGGCGAGGCAGCCAACGAGUCCCAGGACGACAUGCUGGACGAGCAAUCCGCCAAGCAGCUGCCGAACAAAGCAGAGUAUGAUGAGUGCCAGGAUGAGUUCGAGUUGCCGCAACAUUACUACGACUGUGACUGCACCGAUGGAGAUGCGAGCAGUGCCAGCGGUGGUGGAGGCACUGCAUCCAUUACCACGCCAGUGGUGCUGCGUCGCAAGUACAGCGCUGCACCGCCCAUCAUGGUGCCACUGCCUUGUGUGGCACGUCGCAACCAGCGCAGUCUCUCCCUCGACCAUCAGCACCAGCAGCACCACCAACUGUUGCUGCAACCACGCAAAUUGCUGCCCCGUCACAAUCACAAGGAACGCGCUCAACUCUCAUUGGCGCUGCGGCAGGAACCCUUCCAGUCGCUGCUCUCACCGACUGCCACAACCGUCACGCAGUUGCACCACUUUGUCGAACUGCCCUCGCCCAGCAGCGCCUCACUCCACAGCGACACGGGCGGCAUUCAGGAACUCACCACCAAAUCCAACUCGGCACCACUUCUGCUCAAGGAACGCGAGCACAGUCGGCGCUGUGAUGACUUUGCCGCACAGCAUCUGACACUGCGCUAUUCUCGUUCGCAGAGUGAUCGCUAUUUAGCAGAAAUCGAAGCCGUGGAAGCUUGCAAAUGGCUGCGGGCGGCAGGUUUUCCGCAAUACGCGCAGAUGUACGAAGAUCAUCAGUUCCCCAUCGAACUGAACAAUGUAGCCAAAGAUCAUACCAAUCUCGAGAACGAUCAACUGCAGUCGCUCUACCGGCGACUCUGUGUCCUCAAUCGUUGUGCCAACAUGCGACUGGAUCAAUCCCACAAGCCGCAGACGCCACAGCAAAAGGAGGAAUCUGACGAUGAGAACUUUGCCCUGAGCGAGAAUUGGACAUUCCAACCACACAUUCGACGCUGGUCGCGCAUUGGCGAAAUGGGAUUGGAGUUGCCGCCGCCAGGACUUCUCAAUCUGGAGAAGACGGAGAGCUCCUCAAAGGAGUCGAGUCCGGAUCGCUUCGAGGACGAUAGCUACGAUAUUGGCGGCGCUGGCAUCACUCUCAUGAUACCAGGCUGCAGCAAGGGCGACUCCAAUGAUAGUUCCCUGCAUGAUGGCUCCGAUGGAGCCGCAACUCGUUUGCGUCGCACGGGCAGCGAGAGGUUCAAGGAUGGCGCCAAGGCCUUUUUGCGACGCGUGGAGUCCAUCAAGUCGCGACGUCGUAAGCGACAGAAUCGCGAGAAUGUGGUCAUCAGUGGACCACAAGUGUUGGACCUGUCACAGAUGGGGCUACGCAGAAGUUUGAAUAAACCGGACGCCGUCUACUCCACACCGCCCUCACCCUCGGCAUUGAGUCCCAUCCACACAUUCCCCAAGGCGCCUUUCUUUGGCAAUGAGCUGAAGGUUCCAAGCCAUAGCGAGAACUUCCUUAGUCCCAAUCGGGCCAGUCCCAAGCGUACUCCGACCACUCCCCGCUCCAUGCGCACAAGUCCGCUCCACUUCUUCUCGAGCCCAAUGACUCAGCUGAAGGAGGGCAAGUCGGAUGACUCCUCCUCCUACUACAGUGACAGCCAGGAGUCAUCUACGGGUGGCAAGCUGUCACUCUCCCUGCGCAAACCCUCGAAGGCGCGACGUUUCCUGCAGCGCUCCGGCAAGGUGGAUGACAUUGGUGCCCACUCGGACUCGGAGUGUCAUCAGGGACGCAAGCUACUCAUCAAAGAUGCCAAUUCCAAUACCACUGAGGUGAAGAUCAAGAAGCUGACGCGAGGUGGCUCCCUAAAUCUGGGCAAGGAUGCCAAGAAACGGGAUGGCUUCCGCUCCUCAUCAUUCCGUUCCCGCAGCACAUCCCGCAAGGAGCCGAAGAACGAGGAGGAGCACAACGGAGGCGCCAAGCGUCAGCCCGUGGUGCGAUAUCACAGCUUCCAGAUGGAGGAGCGUCCCAACAUGAUCUUUCGCAAAUGCUUCUCGCAAAAGAUCGAGCCCCAGGCGCAGCAAGAGGAUGGCGGCAUUCCCUUCGCUGCCAUGUCGGCUGGUCAACUCCAAAUCAUUCGCAAGUUGGCACUGGUCACAUUGACGGGCUACAUGGAGCGCUACUGUCCCACUCACCGCUCCGGCUGGAACUGGGAGCUGCCCAAGUUCAUCAAGAAGAUCAAAAUGCCCGACUACAAGGACAAGAAGGUGUUUGGUGUCCCACUCCUCCUCAUCCUACAGCGCAGCGGACAGUCUCUGCCUCUGGCGGUAAGAGCUGCCUUCCGCUGGCUCCAGCUGAAUGCCCUCGACCAGGUGGGACUCUUCCGCAAGAGCGGCGGCAAAUCCCGCAUCAUCAAGCUGCGCGAACAGAUCGAGGUCACCGAAUCGAAAGCCGAGUGCAUGGAUGUGUUUGAUCUGCAGCAGGCUUACGAUGUCGCCGACAUGCUCAAACAAUACUUCCGGGAGUUACCCGAGUCACUGUUGACCACCAAAAUGUCCGAGACAUUUGUGGCCAUUUUCCAACAUCUACCUGCGGAAGUUCGCUUGGAUGCGAUUCAAUGUGCGGUUCUUCUACUGCCAGAUGAGAAUCGUGAAAUCCUCUAUGUGCUGCUGGAAUUCUUGACCAUUGUGGCUGCAAAUUCCCAGCAGAAUCAAAUGACCAGCAACAAUCUGGGCGUCUGUCUGGCACAAUCCAUCUUCCACUCCUCUAUUUCGACGGGAUCUGCCUCCGUUUCGGCAUCGCCCCGUCGCAAGGGCAAAGGAUCCGGCAUGCCGGACAUGAAGGAACUGGCGGAGGCAAAGGCCUCCCAUGAGUGCUUGUCCUUUAUGAUUGACCACUACAAACCCAUUUACACAGCCGCCAAGGAGAAACUCGGUAAAUGCAACUUCGGUUAUAUGGAGGAGUCCAAGCCUGUGCCCUUGGAGGCACUUGGUGAAGGCAUGCAGUUCCACAACUGGCGCGGAUAUCUGUAUGAGUGCACAAGUGCGACCAUUAAAGAGGGACGCGAAAAAACUCGAGGCUGGUUCGCUAUAAAUUCCCUGAACGACAGCAAUGUGGACAUUUCGUACAAAAAGGUCGGCGAUGGUCAUCCGCUGCGUCUCUGGCGCUGCUCCACCGAAAUCGAGGGACCGCCACGCGAAGUCUUGGAGUAUAUAAUCAAACAGCGUGCUUCCUGGGAUCCGAAUCUGCUGCAAUGCCAAACCGUCAAGAAGCUGGACGAUCGCACUGAGAUUUAUCAGUAUGCACUGGAUGGUCAGUUGACCACCGACUUCUGUGUGCUGCGCUCCUGGCAAACGGAUUUGCCGCGCGGUGCCUGCGUCAUUGUGGAGACCUCGAUUGAUCAUGCCAAGGCCAAGCCAUUGUUCUGUGCUGUGCGUGGAGUUGUCCUGGCCUCGAGAUACCUCAUCGAACCCUGCGGCAGUGGAAGAUCGCGAGUCAUGCAUUUGGCGCGGGUGGAUGUCAAGGGCAAGACACCGGAGUGGUAUAACAAGAACUAUGGACAUAUCUGCUCCCAUUAUUUAUCCCGCAUACGUUUGGCCUUCAAACAUGUUGCCGAUGGGCCCGAAAGCAAAGUAUAAGCCGGAUCAUAUUAUAGAUGAUAACUUUAGGAGACAAAAACAAACCCGCACGCAUUUCGAUAACCCCAACGAGUAUACAAAUCCAAAUCCAACAUUUUGGACCACGACGAGCUUAGGUCUAACUACUCAAAGCGAAAACAAAAUAAGAUAAAUAUAUAUUUUUAAUAACUUUAGUAUAUAUUUUUGUACAUAUUUAUCAAGUUAUGAUUAUUCCAAAUCUUUUUAUUGAAAAAAAAACUUCAAUACGUUUUACUACGUUUUAAAUCUAUAAUUUAUUGUAUUAUAUUUAUAUGUGGUCUUAAUUUAUGGAUACUUUAACUUACUUUAACUUUACAAAACGAAAUCUAACAUCCAAAAUACUCAAUACAUAAAUAUCACAAAUGUACUUUUACGAUUUCUUACUAAAGUUUCAAGUUAUGUUUAUGACACCCCUAUAUCUUUAAUGUUAAUUAGUUUGUAGUCUUCUCAAUGUGUAAAAAAAAUGAAAAGAAAAUCAAUGUUCUAGAAUUCAAAAAAGAAACGCAACCUUUUAAUGUGUAAAGCAAAAUCAACUAGUCAAAUUCUAUAAAUUUAAGUUAAAUUACUAACCCCAAUUACACUCAACUAAAUGGUUUACCGAGCAUCAAGUUGUCGAAAAAUUCCACUGAGAGGAACAAGUAAUUAAUUUGAUUAAAUAACUUUAUGAAAACA